ACAUUUCCCAGAAUCCAUUGGCUUCGUUGUGACGUCAUCUGUUUUUCCGGCACCCAGGAUCGUGCAAUAGCGAACAGUUUAUCUGGAAACAGCUUCAUCGUUGCCGGACACCAAAACACAGGUUUCUCCAAAGGCCUCCGCGUCGACGUUGAUGAUCACAGCUGCUGCUGACAAUCCGAUAUCAUGUCAAACACGUCCAGUGACACCGAGUGGUCCUGUGGCUGGAGCAUCGUCAGCAUGGAGGGUUCAGAUUUUGAGACUUUGAUGGCAGACGCCACGGGACGACAUGGAGCCGAUGACCGAGAGCGCCCUGCUGUGGUGGAACCAGAACUGCGCGACUCUCGAGACUCAGCUUCUGCUUCUGGAUGUAAUCAUGACAAAGUUGACGGCUCACCGGGAGACCAAACCGUGGACGAGACGUCGGAGAGAACAUCACACGGAAACCUCUCGGCCACUCGGUCGCCACUUCCUGUACAAACGGAACCCCGCCGCCCUCAAGCCGGAGCCGAUGACGCAGCAGCGAGCGAGCGCGUCGCUGUGUCGUCCUCCAGCGACCACUCGGACAUCGUGACGUUGAAGGAGCUGAGGGAGGACGAGCGUGACGAGGGCUCGUAUCUGGGCACGUCGAGCAGCAGCCGGUACGCCUUCACCGCCGCAGAGCCCGUUUUGCCAGCUCAGCUGCCGCCUGCGGCCACAAACUCCAGCAGCAGCGAGGGAGAAGUCACACCAAACGUUGUGGUGCGAAGACGCAGGUUGAGGAGGAAUACGACAAGCAAUGCGACAGAGUCCUGCCAGGGGGAGAUGACAAUGGAGUCCGAGGAGGAAGACGAGAAGCAGCGGGCGGAGCGAGCCGGAGACGGGCCUGCCGCGCCGACGGCGCGAGGCCGAGGCAGCGGAACCCUCAACUCUUGCAUCCUGCUCGCCCUCGUCGUCGCCCUGAGCACGGGCUUCGGACACUUCUAUGGCACAGUGCAUAAGCAAGAGAGGCGGAAAACCGUAGACCGAGUCAGAGAAAAUCAACUCGACGGUGUGAGGGAUGUUCUUCAAUAUCAGAUCAAAAGCGACAACCUUAGCCUGGAUGAGUUGGAUGAGCAGAUGCUUACUUCAUUGUUCAUACAAGCUGUCAAGAAGAUGAACAAGGAGAACGAGGAGCUCAGCAUCCAGCGAGGACGUGGUCGGAAGAAGCUGAGGAAGCAGCGCUUUAAGAUUCAAGAUCUGGCGGCUAAGGCAGCUGCACCCGACGUGCUUCUGUCUGAAAACCAGAGGCUGAAGGACGAGCUGGAGGGAGCGAAGAAACUGCUUUCCGAAAACCAGAGGCUGAAGGACGAGCUGGAGGGAGAGAAGAAACUGCUGUCCGAAAACCAGAGGCUGGAGGGAGCGAAGAAACUGCUGUCUGAAAACCAGAGGCUGAAGGACGAGCUACAAGGAGAGAAGAAAUUGCUGUCUGAAAACCAGAGGCUGAAGGGCGAGCUACAAGGAGAGAAGAAAUUGCUAUUCGAAAACCAGAGGCUGAAGGACGAGCUGGAGGGAGAGAAGAAACUGCUGUCCGAAAACCAGAGGCUGAAGAACGAGCUGGAGGGACAGAAGAAACUGCUGUCCGAAAACCAGAGGCUGAAGGACGAGCUGGAGGGACAGAAGAAACUGCUGUCCGAAAACCAGAAGCUGAAGGACGAGCUGGAAGGAGAGAAGGAAUUGCUGUCUGAAAACCAGAGGCUGAAGGACGAGCUGGCGGGAGAGAAGAAACUGCUGUCCGAAAACCAGAGGCUGAAGGACAAGCUGGAAGGAGAGAAGAAAUUGCUGUCCGAAAACCAGAGACUAAAGGACGAGCUGGAGGGGGAGAAGGAACUGAAGAAGAAGCUCGACAAGGAGAGGAAGCUUACAUAUGAGGCGGCGGCCCAAGAGUUCCAGGUCCGCCUGAGAAAGCUGGAGGAGAGGCUGGGCUUUGAGCAGCAGCGCUCCAACCUGUGGGAGAGGCUCUACCUGGAAACUAAAGAAGACCGGGCCAAAGGAGAUACGGAACCCAAACAGACGAAGGCAAAAGCACGUACAUCAGGGAUAGUGAAAGACACAUUUGAUGCAGUCAAGAACUCCACCAAGGAAUUUGUCCACCAUCACAAAGAGCAGAUUAAGAAAGCCAAGGAAGCCGUAAAGGAAAACCUGCGUAAAUUCUCCGCUUCCGUCAAAUCAACUUUCCGCCACUUCAAGGUUUCAGCCAGCACCUUCUUCAACAAGAUGAAGAGAGAAGGUACAAAAUUCGAUGCAGAAGACAAAUACAAGGCAAAAAAAUGCCAUCCCCAACAAGACGCCAACACACGGAAAUCAGGUAGCACAGUCCACAAAGAGCGAGGCCAGAGCACCAACCCGAAAGGAUGCCGAGGAGUCUUCGACUGCGCCUACCAUGAGUCCAUGAGUGUUUUCAACAAAGCCGCGGAGCCCAUACGAGCUGACGAGUUCCACCAGCUGCUGUGGAGCUACUUGCAGCGGGAAGUCCACAACUUCCACCACUGGAAGGAACUGGAGAGCUUCAUCAAAGGCUUCUUUCACAACGGCCUCUUCAUUCACGACCACAUGCUCUUCAGUGACUUUGUGAGCAGGUUGGAACACUACCUGGUGAACAUGCCCGAGUACCACGGCCUUCAGGAUGACGCCUUUGGCGAUAUCGACGACUUCAUCUACAGACACCUCUUUGGCGAGGCGUACGCAAAAAGCAGUGGGCCCAGCGGGCCUCUCGAACGACCAGACUCGUACUCUCGAGAGGAGUCGAGGAUGAAACAUCAAGGUCUUCGGCAGCAGAGACAAAAGAGGUGGCAUCGCAGCAAGCCAAGAAACGGGCACUUGGCCGACGUCAAAAUCAAACCGGGCCCCAUGCCGUCCGAACGCAAAUACUGAAUACUUCUCGACAGGUUUGAUAGUAAUACGUACUCGAUUCUUUCGUCCUAUUCUGGGUUCCUCUUGAUGCCUGUUUGCACAAUAUUCUUGUUUUUGAACGCUACUGAAUGUCCUCCGGGUGGUUGUCCGUGGAUUCCGGUGGAACAUUUUCAGAUGCACUUUAAAUGUAUUGGCUUUGAAUUGAGAUAUUUUCAUGUUUUGAAAAGAGCAUCUGUGUUGCGGGGGGGGGGGGGGGGGGGGGCAAAAUACAAAAGGAGGGUGUUUUGGCAAGGCCAUGAAUUCACUGCUCCGUAACAGUAGCGUCUUAACUUUCAUUGAAAUAAUACCGAAACAUUGGGUUACAAAUGAGGUGCACGCGCUGUUCUUUUAGUCCAAUACGCAAUUAAAAUGCUGUUGUCCACUCCAAACAUUGCUAACGCUCGACAAUGUUGACCUUUGAGACAGUUGGCAGGAAUCAGCUUCAACAACUGUUAGUUAACACUAUGAUUUGUUUACGAAGGUGUGAUUGGUUAUGGUAUUCUAUGUAAAAAAAAAAAAAAAAAGACUUAAAAUAGCUGGCAGCCCAAGCUAUUGUGGGGGGG